ACCCAGGCUCCAGACGGCGCACUGCUGUACCUGCUGUCCCCACUGCAAAGGGCUUCUCCCACCCCUGCUGCUUGCGUGUCCAGUGUUUCACCGAGCUUUAUAGCCAACGGCAACAAAAGCAUUCAGUGAUGGCACUGGGGUCUGAACGUGCAACUGUGGAUCCCUUAAGUCAGGUGGACUCGGGCAGAAUUCAGAAAUCGGCUAAUCUCAGUCAGGACUCGGGAGCGAUGUCGCAACAACUCCUCUACCGAGCUCUGGUGUCUGCAAAAUGGCUUUCAGAAGCCAUCAAGUCCCAGCAAGCCGGCCUGGCCUUGAGAAUCGUGGAUGCGUCCUGGUAUUUGCCGAAGAUGAAGCGUGAUCCGAAGCGGGAGUUUGAGGAGCGCCACAUCCCCGGUGCGGUUUUCUUCGACAUCGACCAGUGCAGCGACCGAACCUCGCCUUACGAUCACAUGCUGCCCAAGGCUAAUGACUUUGCCGAGUAUGUGGGCAAGCUGGGUGUGAGGAAUGAUUCCCAUGUUGUGGUGUAUGAUGGCAGCGACCAAGGUCUCUUCUCAGCACCCCGGGUAUGGUGGAUGUUCCGGGUCUUUGGACACGAAGCUGUCUCCCUUCUGGAUGGUGGCCUGAAGAACUGGCAGCGAGAGGGCAAUGCACUUACCUCUGGGAAAACCCAGGUAGCUCCAUCUGAGUUCCAUGCCUCCUUGGACAAGUCCCUGGUGAAAACAUAUGAGGAUGUCUUAGAUAACCUGGAUUCGCAUCGCUUCCAGCUAGUGGAUGCCCGUGCUGCAGGACGGUUCCGGGGAGUAGAGCCAGAGCCCCGAGAUGGAAUUGAGCCUGGUCAUGUCCCUGGGUCGACAAGCAUCCCCUUCACUGAUUUCCUCACAGAGUCUGGCUUAGAGAAGACCCCUGAGCAGAUCCGUGCUCUGUUCCAGGAGAAGAAGGUGGACCUCCUAAAGCCAGUGGUAGCCACGUGUGGCUCUGGGGUCACUGCCUGCCACGUGGCUCUGGGGGCCUACCUCUGUGGCAAGCCAGAUGUCGCGGUGUACGACGGGGCCUGGGUGGAAUGGUACAUGCGGGCACAGCCUGAAAAUAUUAUUUCUGAGGGAAAGGGGAAAACAGUGUAAUAAGCUCCAUUGUUUCCCAGCUGUGCACGUAGCUUGCCUUGAAACAGGAUUUGGAAAAGAUGGGUUUAGCAUUCCUGGUUAAGUAUCUCGAGAUGAAGGCGUUGGAUAACAAUUAUGCGCACAUGGUGCUUUGGCACUUUCUCCUUACCCUGCUGCUGCUAAGGAGGAUGAAGAUGACAGCAGUUCUGGGCAGCCAGCUCUAGGUGACCCUGCUUGAGCAGAUAAGGUGGAGCAAAUGUCCUCCCAAGGUCACUUCCAACCUCAGUCAUUCUGUGAUUCUGUGACCAUUUCAGUGUACCAGACGGAUGGCAGGGAGUGCUUCUGCCAGCAUGGGGAAUUAAUUGAGUUAAGCCAAGCUUAACUUUUGUGACUCAAAACAUUCACUCAUAUUCAUUCAUGGGAUGGUCAUACUUAUAUAACUGUGCCUCAUAAUCCUGCUCUCUGCCUCUGUCCCACCCAUGCAUGUUAUGGCCAUUUUGAGUGCAAAACUUCGUGGAAAGAGUUGGCUGUUAAAGGAGCAACUAUGGCAAUGAGGUUGGCACUUAGACUAGAGAUUUGAUUUGUGUUUCUUCUUAUACUUGGACUCUAACUAUGGUGUUUACUUAGCCAGCCUUGUAACCUGAUGGUCCAAAAUCCCCCUUGAGGAAAAGAAAAGAUUCUGGGGUCUGAACAAUGUAAAUAAACAUGUUUCAAGGUCUU